CGUUUGCAGGUUGUACUUGAUUUGGAUGAGACUUUAGUUUGGGCAUAUGAGACAUCUAGUCUUCCGUCUGCAGUUCGUAUGCAGUCCAUUGAAGCUGGUCUAAAGUGCUUUGAACUAGAAUGUAUAUCUUCAGAAAAGGAUGCCAAUGGAAGACCAAAGGUCAACCAUGUCACUGUGUUUGAACGUCCUGGUUUGCACGAAUUCUUAAAACACUUUAGUGAAUUUGCAGAUCUUAUUCUUUUCACAGCUGGCCUUGAAGGUUAUGCUAGUCCUGUUAUUGACAGAAUAGACGCUGACAAAAAAUUAAGUCAUCGGCUAUACAGGCCUUCGACUGUGAGCACGGAACACCGAGAACAUGUCAAAGACCUUACUUGUGUAUCGAAAGACCACUCCCGCACGGUUAUUGUCAACAACAAUCCAUUUAUCUUCUUGCUUCAACCUUCCAAUGGAGUACCAUGCGUGCCAUUCUUUGCAGCACAGCCUUGUGAUAACCAGCUCAUGGAAGUCAUUCUUCCCCUUCUGAAGCAACUUUCAUUUCAGAAGGAUGUCAGACCUGUUCUAUAUGAAAAGUUUCACAUGCCCGAAUGGUUUGAACACCAAGGAAUCCCCUCCAUAAACCUUAGUCUGUGAGACAUCAUCGAAUUCCUGCUUCGAAGCUCCUCUUACUGGAAUGCACACUAAGUAUUUUAAUACACACAACGCAGGAACCCUAAUUCAAGGGGGGUCCCUGCUUGUAGAUAAUGAUUGGAAGAAUCUCCUGAGCGUCAAGGAGUGUCGAAGGACCAAGAUUUUAUGGCUCGAAGG